UUUCUCAGAGGCACACUUGGUGACUGCAGCUGGGGAGGCAGCACUGCAUAGUGAGGGCUCCCGGAUUUGUCUCUUUGGUUGCAACUGUACUCUCUUGACAAGGAUGGAUUUGGAAAAUCUUCUGUAUAAGAUUGCACAACAACUGGACAAUCCCAAACUGGCCUCCCUCAAAUUCUUGAGCCUGGAUCACAUUCCCCAGAGAAAGCUGGAAUCCAUUCAGGGACCUUUGGAAUUGUUCUCGACGCUCAAAGAAAAGGGAAUGUUGGCAAAGGACAAUCUGUCCUUCUUGAAGGAGCUGCUUUUCCACAGUCAGAAUCUAAAUCUGCUGAUCGAUUUCCUGAAGGUCAGUAAGGAGGAGAUGGCUAAAGAGCUUCAGAUUCCAGGCAAGGCCCAGAUUGAUGCCUAUAGAGUCAUGCUUUUUCAGAUUUUUGACGACGUGAGCUCAGAAGAAUUAAAGGCCUUCAAGUUUUAUCUGAACCAGAAGAUUUCCAAAGAGAAACUGGGCGAUCAUGCGACCCUGCUCGACAUUUUUGUAGAGAUGGAGAAGAGGGACAUGCUUGGAAAAGAAAAGUUGGACCUCCUGAAGAAUAUCUUUGGUCUGAUCAAUCAGAGCUUGUUGAAGAAAAUUAACGCUUAUGAAAUGUUAAAUGAAGAGAGAAGAAAUCACCCUGAGAAGAAUCUGGAUGGAUGUUCAAAUGGGGAGGAGUUAUUCAAAAAUAUGACAAUAUCUAACUCUUCAAGUCAACAGAAAAGUGAGCUACAGACAUCAGCCAACAUUUACCGAAUGGAAAGCAAACCUCGAGGAUACUGUUUGAUCUUUAACAAUUAUAGUUUCGAAAAAGCACGGAAGGAGGUGUCCAAACUUUCCAACAUGAAGGAUAGGAAUGGAACACACGUGGAUGCAGAAGCUUUGACGAAGCUCUUCCGUGACCUUCAUUUUGAGGUGCUACAGUUCGAUGACCACCCAGCGAAAAAAAUCUGUGACAUUCUGGAAUACUACCGCAAUACGGACCACAGUUCCAAGGACUGCUUUAUUUGUUGCAUCCUCUCCCAUGGAGACAAGGGCAUCAUUUAUGGCAUUGAUGGGCAAGAAGUCCCCAUCUCCAAGCUCACCUCUUACUUUACUGGUUCGAAGUGCCCUUCCCUUAAAGACAAACCCAAAAUCUUUUUUAUUCAGGCCUGCCAGGGGGACAGCUGCCAAAAAGGUGUAGCUGUUGAGACUGACUCAGAGCAGCAAAAAGCCGAUUUAGGAGCGGGCCCCCCACCUCAGAAACACUACAUUCCAGAUGACGCUGACUUCUUGCUGGGGAUGGCCACUGUGAAUAACUAUGUUUCCUACCGAAGUCCUUCGGAUGGGACCUGGUAUAUCCAGUCCCUUUGCAAGGAGCUGAGAGAAAGAUGUCCUCGUGACGAUAUUCUCACCAUCCUGACGGAAGUGAACAAGGAAGUCAGCAGUAAGGAUGACAAGAAAAACAUGGGGAAACAGAUGCCACAACCUACUUUCACACUGAGAAAAAAACUCUACUUUCCUCUUCAUUGAUAUUAGUAUUGAUAUAUUUUUUAAAAUUUUAAUCAUUUUAUUGGGGGAUCAUUCAACUCUUAUCACAAUC